AUGCGUACUCUCGCCUUGACGCCCCGCAGCGCUCCUUCAGGCGACUACGCACCUUCGACCAUCUCCUGCCCAGCCGCUUCAGCUGCGAACGCGUCCGCCGGCCUGUCGUACAGUGGGCAGCUGCGCAACGCCUCGACUCGCACGCUUAAUCCAGACGAGGCGAACUACAUCGCGCAGCACCGCGCCGCCAAACAGGCUGAUUGGACCAGCUGGCUUUCCCAGUCGCAAGUCGGCCUCGACGCAGCUGUACCCGGCGGAUUCAGCAACUACACGGGCGGCAACGCUAGUCGCGUGCCGCGAAUCGCGAUCGCCACCAGCGGAGGAGGAUUGAGGGCGAUGCUCUACGGCGCUGGCGUCUUCUCUGCGUUGGACUCGCGGAACAGCACCGCGACGCAAGUCGGCACCGGUGGACUGCUGCAGCUUGCAGACUAUGUCACUGGCUUGUCUGGUGGAAGCUGGCUAACGGGGAGCGUUGCGCUCAACGAUUAUCCUACGACGCAGUCAUUGCACGAUGGUACAUGGGAUCUGGAAAGCAACUUGAUCGUCCCCCAGGAUAACGCGCUGAACUUCUAUGCCAAUAUCAUUGAGGACGUUGAUGAGAAGCGGUCUUACGCGACGAGCAACUACACCGGUAUCACGGACUACUGGGGACGCGCGCUUUCUUACCAUCUGCUCAACAGCACCAAGUAUGCCAAUCAUGGCGCUGCAACGACAUGGUCCGAUGUGCGAAAUGUUAGCAACUUUCAAUCCUUUGCCUAUCCGUUCCCCAUCGUGAUUGCCGAUCAGCGCAACCCGGGUGAACUGUUCAUCGAGACGACAUCUCCAAUCUGGGAAUUCACACCUUAUGAGUGGGGCACAUGGGAUGAUGACAUCGCGGCCUUCUUGCCGAUCGAUUUAAUCGGUAGCCAGCUGAACAACGGCACCAGUACAGUCGAAGGUCAGUGUACUGCUGGAUGGGACAACGCAGGUUGGAGCAUGGGUACAAGUUCGACCUUGUUCAACAGCCUCUUCACGACGCUCGUCACAUCCGAAGGCGACUCGGCGAUUAAGGCUGCUAUCGAAAAGGUGCUCGCGCAAGUCGGCCAACAGUACAAUGAUAUCUCCCUGGUCCCCAACUCAUUUUUUGGCUACAGGAACGGAACGAAUCCCGAUGCACUCUCUCCGAACAUUUCUCUUGUCGACGGCGGCGAAGACGGGCAGAAUGUCCCGUUGUGGCCCGUCAUCAACCCAGUGCGCGAGCUGGACUUUGUCCUAGCGGUCGAUAGCUCGGCUGACGUCUCUUCCUGGCCUAACGGCACUUCGCUCGUCGCGACAAGCCAGCGCGUUCAGAAUGACACCUUCGCUCAAUAUCCAUUUCCUAAUAUUCCCAGGGUCAACACGUUCAUCAACCGCGGUCUAAACACUCGGCCGACCUUCUUUGGCUGCCCAGGCGCCAGCAUCAUCAAUGCUGACACGGCGCUCAAUGACCAGCAGACACCUCUGAUCGCAUACCUGCCCAACUAUCCGUACGAGUCUCUGGCCAACACCUCCACUUUCCAGCUUGAGUACUCACAGGCCCAGUCGCAAGCGGUGAUGGACAACGCGUUCGCAGUCGCAACGCUCAGUGGAAUCGACACGGCGCUAAACGGUACCGAUCUCGCGUGGCCAAAGUGUCUGGCCUGUGGUAUGCUCCUGCGGUCGUUCCAGCGUUCCGGCACACCGAUCCCGCCCGCUUGCCAGACGUGCUAUAAUGCCUACUGUUGGGAUGGCCAGAGCAACGACACAGUACCCGCCAAUCCGUACAGCCCUCCCGUUGGCGUGCCCGAGUUCGUCAGCAGCCGCGGAAUGCUUCUUCGCGCACCCGCUUACACAGGCGGCAACGGCAGCAGCCCCGGCAAUCCGUCUGCACCUGGCAUCGGCAGCAGGUCCAGUGGUUCGAGAAACAGCAAUGCGGCACCAGCGGUGUUGCUGGGCGCGCCGCGGUGCCAAACUGCGACAGCGCUCGGCGCAUUGUUUGCGACGAGCGCUGUGCUGCUCAUGUGA